CUUUCCUGGGUGCAUACACCUCUUCCUCCUUGUAGCUCCAUGUGCGGAGCUGUCUUUGGUGGAGCUUUGACCUCUUCAAACACCAGGGGACAAAGCAAGCUAGUGCUUUUCCAAACUAUCCAUUCACUUCAGCUGAGUAAACGGACCAAGGCAGACAGUUUAUUCUCCACCUGACAGACAAGCUGGAGAGAUUGUUGAAAUGAUUUUUUCUUGCAGUAUCGAUCUGCUGGAGAGCUCUCACAGGGGGCUGGGCUGCCUGAAUUGGCUCCCUGGGGCAAGGGGAAACAACUCUGCAAAAUGCUACAUAUUUUGCACGGCACAGUUCGCCACUGAAAAUAGACUUGCCAGUUCCAGAGCUUAAUCACAGUAUUCCAUGCUGAACUUGUUUAGGUCUAUGGGUUUGCUGGGUUUUUGUUUCUGUUUCCAAGAAAAAGGCCGUGGGAACAUAGUACAGCAAAUAGCACGUUAAUGUAUUUCUCCUCCCACAGAAACACAAUUCGCAUGUACAUCUGUCUCUUUGGACAGUGAUAGUUGCGUGUAAACCAGAAUCCAUCUCCACUUCCACAUCAGAGGAGCUGAACAUGAUGCAUCUCUGGAAAAGCACUCUGUAAGGUUUCCUGAGAGGUAGCAAAUCAGUGGAAAAGUCUGCUGCUGCUCUUGGAUGUCCCAGCCCACGGUGUCUGUCCUGCUGUGCUGACAUCUGCUGUGCUGCAGGUCAAGCAACGGUUUGCACAGAUCAGAGCUGUCCCACCUCUCUGCGACCUCCUGAGUGUGCUGAAAAAGGAGGAAGAAAACUGUGCUGAGACUCUCUUGCUGGAGGCAAAGAACAGAACGCCCGAAAAUGAUCUGCUCCUGAGCUCAGGCAGAUGUGCUGGAAUGUGGGAUAACAUGAGCUGCUGGCCUUCAUCUGCGGUAGGACAGACUGUCAACGCUCACUGCCCUGAAUUCUUCCAGAUGCUGACUGGGAAAAAAGGUUUUGUCUACCGAAACUGUACGAGCGAGGGUUGGUCAGACCCAUAUCCCAGACCUGAUAUCGCUUGUGGCUACAAUGUCAACGACACAACAAAUGAGGCGAGACGUUCCUAUUUCAUGAUGCUGAAGACCAUGUACACCAUCGGAUACUGCACCUCCCUUGUGACGCUGACGAUAGCCUUAGCGGUCCUGGUCUCUUUUAGAAGACUUCGAUGUACGAGGAACUACAUCCACAUGCAUCUCUUCACAUCGUUCAUUUUGCGAGCCUCAUCCAACUUCAUCAAGGAUGCUGUUUUGUUUUCCUCUGAAGACGCUAAUUACUGCAGGGCGCACACGGCUGGGUGUAAGCUCACCAUGGUCUUCUUUCAGUAUUGCAUCAUGUCUAACUACAGCUGGCUCCUUGUGGAGGGACUGUACCUCCACACUCUCCUGGUUAUUUCUUUCUUCUCGGAAAGGAAGUUCUGGCGGUUCAUCGCCCUCGGAUGGGGUGCCCCAACUGUGUUUGUGGCCGCAUGGGCAACUGCUCGGCAACUCCAUGAAAAUAUUGGGUGUUGGGACAUUAACACUAAUGCCAAUACCUGGUGGAUCAUUAGAGGCCCUGUAGUUUUGUCUAUUUUUAUUAAUUUCAUUCUUUUUGUCAACAUUUUAAGAAUCUUGAUGAGGAAGCUCAGCUCACCUGAAGGACGAAGCAGUGAUUUCAACCAAUACAAGAGACUUGCAAAGUCAACACUUCUCCUCAUCCCUCUCUUUGGGGUCCACUACAUCAUCUUCGCUUUUUUCCCUGAAGACGCAAGCAGUGGCACAAUGGAAAUUCAGCUGUUUUUUGAAUUGGCUCUUGGAUCAUUCCAGGGCUUUGUCGUGGCUGUACUUUAUUGUUUUCUUAAUGGUGAGGUUCAGCUGGAAGUUCAGCGAAAAUGGAGGCAGUGGCAUUUAAGCAAACACUUGCGUCAGCAUCUCAGCACCUCAGCAAGUAACGGAGGAAGUGGCUUAACUCAAGAGAUGCAGAUGGUGAAGUCAAGCCCACCAGAACACAGGAGAGCAACUCUUCAAAGAUCAAACGUGCUCUAACACUGUGCCUGGAGGAUACCUCCAUGCUCAGAUACACGUGGUUAAGCCCCAUGGACCAUGCUGGGAGUCUUGUGUAUGUAUCCAGAAGUGGGACUUGGCUGUAGAUCAAUGGUUCUUGAAUCACAUCUGUUCAUCUAUAUCCUGUGUAGCACCAGAGUUAUUUUGCAAGGCAAAAUGGGCCAAAAUAUUAUGUUCUUCCUUGGGUUUCUGGCCACAGUAAUUUGUGUUUCUUUCCACACCAAGGCUGCUAUUUCUACCUUAAAUGUGACCUUUCAUUUUCCAUGUGGGUCUCCAACAUGUUCCAGGUUAAGCCAGGCUGGUGAGUUUUAGAUGUUUUCUAUGUCUUCUGCUGUUGAAGCUGGAAGGACAUUAAAUUUUGUGUGAUGAAGGUUCUGUGCCAUCCCUUAACACAGCUCAUGGAUUUGAAAUGCAAAAUUAAUUAAUCCCUACAAUUUACCAAGAUUCAAAGUCUUUCUGUUGUGCUGGUGGAUUAUGGAAACUGAGAACAUAAAGCAUGGCUGAGCUAAUGCUUCCUAUCCAGCUGCAUAUGCAUUGCUCAGGUAUGCUCCAGUGGUGGUGGCAGGUUCAGAGAGUUUUCUUCCUUUGCCUCUUCUAAUGGUGGAGAUCUCAGAAAUAACAGUGGUCCGAACUGGAUUUUUGUAUGUUUUUUUUUAAAUGGUAAAAACCCCCUAUCAUAGCAUAUUCCAAGGUUGACCAAGAAAACUUUAGUAAGCUGCCUCUUUCCUAUUGUGUCUGUACCUCUGAAACUUGUCCUGAUAGUCUUUGAAGGGAAGCAAUGAAAGCCGUUGGGACAUUUAAAACUCAAUUGAACCGGACAGUACAAGGUAUCUUAUGAAAAACAACACCAUGGUGGCUGGCAAAAAUCUCUUUACAGUCUAUGAUCACUUAGCAUGCUGAAAUCUGCAAGACUGUGCACUGUAAUACGCUGUCACAAGGUAUCCAAGCUUCUAUUGCAGCUUUAUGUUCUUAAGGAUAAAAUUGUUAAGCAAAUUUCCCUGCUUUGAGUUGGAAAUGGAUAAAAGAAUUCAUCCAACAAAUGCAAUCAAGCCUCCUACUUGAUUUUGUACCUGUAUUUCCCCAGUUAGGGCAGUUCUUGCAAAGGUGACUGAACAGAAAGCAAGUGGUGUUUAUCACACUUCUCCCUCCUGGUCACCUACAAGACACUGGCAAAACACGCAUGGUAUGUCAAAUGCUGACCGAGCAGCAUUCCCCAACUGCUCUGCCAAGACCGCUCUAACAAGCUUUUAUUCACACCAAACCCUCAUGGUAGACUUCUGCCAUUUUACCAGAAGACAAACACACAGAGAAAUUCAAAGGAUGCUUUCAAAGUUAAAUUACCUGUGCAGAAGCGGAGUGCUAUUAGCACUGUUUCAAACCCGGAGAUCAAGAAAAAUGUCUUUUUUUUGCUGCCGGUGCUGACAGUUAGACCAUGUAGCUUGUAUCCUCCCCAUGAAGCAGGCACAGCAGGCAGCAGUGCAGCAGUCAGGCGAGGAAAGGCACUUCAGCAGGAGGUUUGCUCUGGCUUCCCCUGCCCGGUCAGCUUUGCCUGCUGAUAUAGGUCACCCCGUAGUGGGAGAGUUGAACCUCUUUAAAACCAGAAGGGAAAAAAAAAAUCAAAUAUAAAGCAGUGAACUGGCAAGCGUUUCCAGGAAUUAAUUUUAAACUUACAUUAUUUUUGGAAAUGGCAAGGUUUUGAGUCGACUUUGUCCUUUAAAACUCAGCCAAAGCAAGUGGAAGGAAGAGCAGAAGCAGGAUUGGUCCCGUGACCGAGGGAGAAGUGAAAGCCCCUCCAUUCACAUUUGGGUGAAAGAUCUCACUUCUUGCUGACUUACCCAAGCCAAGCUGAGCCUCCAACCACCCUGAAUAUGGGUUCACCUUGCCCCAGCGCAUUUAGCAAGUCAGAUACUUCCGAAAAGAUACAAUAAUUGGCCUAAUUUUCUCUCUGGCCUACAAAUAAGACCAAGAAGAGUGAAGCAACUUUAAUACUCCCUGUCUGAGAAUUGAAUAUUUAUCAGUCAAGCCAAAACAGAUGGAUGUUUGUUUUAAAUGCAAGUGCCUUUUUCCAGCAUAAAUUAAGAAAUAUAGAUUCAGUGAUACAAUAACAUGUAAUUAAUUAGAUCUGAUGCAAGUAUUUGGUCUCCCACAAGCCAGUGUAAAAGCCUUGUAGCACAUAGUGCCAGCACUGAUGGCACAAGGUUGGGUGGAGCCCAGGCUGAGUGUAAUACCUAUUUGUACAAGGCUCCUGGUGAAACAGGGGCAAACCAUGUGCCCCAAAAUAAAACGCUGCUGGGU